UUGCCAUCAGCCCACAACAGUUGCGAUUUGAAAACCAACGCGUUAAGAAGUCCAAUCAGAAAAGUGAAGUUUAAAAAAUUACAUAAAACCAUGUCGAAAGUAAAGAACUUAUUGGCCAAAAUGCUGCAGCGUUUCGGCAAAAGCAGCGCACAUAACGAUAGUCAGCGGUACGACAGCUUGGAGGAAAUUGCCCAGAAUCAGGCCAACGAAAGGAUGUUGAGAGAAACUCAUUUCGGAAUGGAGGAGCACCUGGUCAUCUGCCUGGAGACUUCAGCGGGCAGCUUCUAUUGGCAUUCGCAGUAGCAACACUUGAAGGAGCGGCAGCAUCAUUACCUGCAACAAAAGCAAUCCAAAUUGCUGUCAAGAGGAACGGACAACUCCAGUAGCAACACCACAGAGAAGAUACAGUAGCAGCAACACGAACUGCAAUUAUUAUUGCAAUGUCAACAGCAACACCUCAAAAGCCAAAACAAUAAGAAGUACUGCAACUUCAGUUGCAAAAGGAGCACUCGAAAGACUCAGAAGCAGUAACGAAAACUACAAUUACUCUUAUUGCAAUGUCAACAGCAGCAAUUAUUGCAAGAAUCAAGGCAUCAGCUAAACCUGCAGCAACAUCUCAAAAAGCCAAAAUAAAAACACCAGUAGCAAUAACAGCGAACCCUGAGGCAACCGCAAAUGAAACUUGGUCAAAACGCGAGAAUAUCAGCCGCAAAAACAGUAGCAGCCAAAUGAACUACAACAAUUGCGGCAGUGUCAACAGUAGCAGCAUCUCUAGAAAUCAAAGCAUCGAUGACAACAACAGCCAGCAACCACAACAAUCUGAAAACUACAGCAGCAACACCAACCAAAAGCAGCAACAACAUGGGCCACAAACCGGUAGUUAGAUGCGACCAAAACGACUGAAUGAAUGAAUGGAUAAUACAAAACAUAUCAUUCGAUGAAUGAAUGGAGCUGUCGAGAGAUCGUGCGAAUCGAGUUGCGUGCCGGCAACAAGUAUGAAUCUCCAACUAGUCUGAAGGAUGCAAUCAGACAUCCUCUCCAGUUGGAAACCAUUAAAUACAUUUGUGAUAUGAACUCAGCUAGUUAGUGUAGAGUAAAUG